AGUUUCUCGGGUGGUUGGGGUAUCUUGACUUUCGGUUACGUCAUGGUGUGUUACUAUGACACGCAACGUAACCCAUCAGAUCAUUUACGUCAUAUUCAAACAUCUGUUCGUAAAGUUUUUAAGUGGUUCUGCGAUCUGUCUGCUCCGCGACGUGUAGAAUUUGUUUGUGGUAUCUUAAAAUUAUCUACUCCACCAGAAUUACGAUUCUACGGCAGUUGUUUGGAGGAGAUUGCUCGUCAUGACUACGAGAGUCUUUUUGAUGCUGAAUUACAAGCAAAUGAACCUAUAAAUAGUUAUGGAGUUUUAACACUUUAUAAUACGUUACCACUAAAGCCUGAUGUUGAAAUAAUUAAUAAGUCAUUGUCAUCGAUUAUUCCACCUUCAUUUCUCAUAUUAAAUACUAGUCCAAUAUUACGAUCAAAACUUAUUCUUAGUCUUUCAUUGCUUAAAUCGACGAAUAUGCCUGGAGCUACGUGUUACUUUGAAACACUAAUGGCUGAUGAUGUUGAUUAUAAUGAAUAUAACGCAUAUUUACUGACAAAUGAUAAACCACCAACUGCUGUUAGUUGGCUAAAAUCAAAAUGGAAAUUAUCCAAAUGUGUAUGCAUUCCAUCAGAUGAUAGUGAUGAUGAUAAGGAUAAUGAUGGUGUUAACAGUAAUAAUGAUAACGCUGAUUAUGAUUUGUCUGCAGUUGAGGAUGCCUUAAAGACAAUUAAUCCACAAGUAUUAGAAGAGAUUAUGCUCAUUUACACAUUAGCUGCAUUUCAUCCCGCAUUUACAUUUAGUCAAAGACAACGUUUAUAUAAUCGUUUAUCUCUUAUAAGGGCAUUAUAUGAUUAUUCAACAAAGGUGUUAAUGCCUCAACACACUAAUCAGUGUGGAAAUUUAAGUCAACCUACUCAUUUAUCUAAUAAUAAUUCUACUACAUGCGGAAAAUUGUCCGCAAAAUCACAAUCUCCAUUAUCAAAUCUUAAACAUUAUUGUUCUCCUAAAGAAUCAAAUGUUCCCUUAGUUUCUGUAGCCAAGCAAGUUUCUUCCUCUGGUGACCGGCGUUCAUCAAUACAAGAUGACACUGGUAAUCAAUGUAUUGGUCGUGCCGGUUGCGGCAUCCUGCCUUGCCAUUCCCCUAAAUGCCACUAUUCAGCCUCUGUUGUAACACGUCAUCGACUCCGUCGUCAUAGCUUACCGUCAGAUUGUCUACUACCACUUGGUGGUAGUAAUGAAGAUGAAGUUGGUGACAAUAGUAACACAAUACAAUCUACUGAAAAUCAAAAUCCCCUUGUUAUAGACUCGUCGAAAACGGAUGCCUUAGAUGUAGCCCCUAUAACAAGCGCACAGACUGAUUCAUCACCUAUGAAUAAUAGACCAGAUAAAUCUAUUGCAUUAUCCGAUCAAAGAGGAAAUCCUGCUCCAUUCAACCGCAGCAAUGACAAAGUUGCCAGUGUUGUCAACACUGGGAGUGAUAGUAGUAGUCGUAAUUCUGAUGGAUUUAUGAUGAACCCACAAAACUCUCAUAAUGGUAAUGGUGAUGGCAAUGAUAAUAAUAAUAAUAAUAGUAAUAAUAAUAUUUAUCCUAAAACAGCACGUUGCCUCUCUUGUCGAGAAUACACUAGCAAUAGUAGUGGUCGUGCUGGUGGUGUUGGAGAGACUGGUGACGAUGUCGGGAAUAACACUGUAGACUUUCCUGACUCAAAUUAUCUUAAAGAAGUUCACCUUUGGUUAAAUAAUCCAGAUCGUUCUGUUGUAAUUCCUGGUGAUCAUCACGCCUACAUCUCUUCAUCAUCGAAUACAAUGCCAACUAAGUCAUCAUCUAUAAGUUUAUACACAUUAUCAAAUCACACGUCUAUGUCGUCUGUUCUAUCAUCAAAUAGUCAGUCAACGUCUAAAUUACAAAUAUCUCAAGAGAGUGGUACCUGUAAACAGCCGAGGGAAGAGAAGGAGCAACAGCAGCAGCAACAGAACCAACCACCGCACCCACUACCACCACAACAACAAAAACAGCCAUCCCAGCAGCAGCCACAACAGCAACAAAAGAGGAAGAGAAGGAAAAAAGCAAAUUGUUCAAACCAAGUACUGACAAAUAGUAGUAAUGGAGGAGGUGUUGUUGUCAGUGGUGGCGACAGUGUUGCGGGCAGCGGUGGUAGUGGCACCAGCAACAGUAAUAAUCGUCUUGACUCGUCAGAUGACUGUCAGUCGUCUCUUGGUGAAUCUUGUACAAGUACAACAACAAGGACUUUAACUGCCUCUGAUGGGCCAUCAGUUUACAAAGAUCUGGUUCGAUCAUCUGUUGAUUUAGUGACCUCGGUGCCUUCGAUUAGUUCUAGUUCAGUAACUGAUCCAAUCUAUUCUGAAUCAUUGUGCUCUUCAUCAACACGUAAUGAUAAUAAUAAUAGUAACAACAGGCGAAUCAAUCCAACAGCAUCAGAUUCACGAUUUUCUUUCACUACUGAAAAGUGCACAAAAACGAUAACAGAAUAUUGUCGUUUAGUCCCAAAGCGCCAUAGCUCGGGUUCCUCACCAAUCUCUACACCACCAUCUGAAGAAAGCAGUUCUGAUACAACUGCUUUAAAAGCACCUUCGCCAGAAUAUUGGACACCGAAAAAUUCUUCACGUUACACUCAUGGAAUGUGGAAUAAUAGUCACAAUAAUAAUAAUACUCCAUAUCAUGAUUCAUACAAUCGUCAUACAUUCCAACCGGUGGCAAAUAAUAGUUAUCAUCAAUAUUCACAAACUAAAAACAUUCCAUCAUCGUCUGUUGUGAAUUCAUCCACUAUUAAUCGACAGUCUAAAUUAUCUAAUUGUAUUACAGUGGUGGCAUCAUCACAUUCCACCAAUGUAGUAGCAGCAGCAUCAGAGCGUAAAUCUCAAUUCACUCCAGACGAUUUCCCUUCUUUGUCAUCGUUACGUUCUGUAGUCAGUUCAGAGUCAUCAAAUGUUUCAACUAAGUAUAAUAAAGUAGUUCAUUCGAGUAACAGUCAAAAUAAUAUUGUCAACACCAAUAGUAGUAAUGGUGUCGUUAGAAACAGCAAUGCAGUUAACAUUAUAGCUACCUCCAUUCCUCUGUCGUCUAGUGAAUCAUCAUCAUCAUCGCUGCCUCUUGGUAAAUGCUUCAAUAAUCAGUCCAACUUGAAGGAAAACAAAGAUGCCACAUCUCAGCCGAAAAAUAACGUGAAUGCCAAUGAUGGUGAUACUGCUGCUGCCGGUGCUAAGCAAAUUUCAUUGAAUUCACUUGACUACGUGUUGUUGAACAACAACUCUCAGCUGAUGAUAAGUGCAACAAAUAGUAGUACAGUCAAUGAUAUGUCUGGUAUAUCUCGUCUGGUGAAUACUUCUGCAACUGGUAAUUCUAAUAAUUUCACUAUCUCACCACAUUAUUGGAUUUCACCACAUGGUCCUAUACCUAUCCUACCGUCAGCAGCCUUGUACCCACCGUCAUAUCUCUUGCCUUCAUCACCGAUAGUCUUCACCGAUAAUUCUCAGUCUGUACAUCGUUUGCCUAUGAUAUAUCAAUGGGCAGUACACCAACCGUGUAGCAGUACUACUACUGCCACUACUAAUACAACCAUUGCUACCAAUCCGACCACCAAUAAUGGUCAAAGUAGUAAUAAUAGUGUCGGUGCAUCUUUAAUACCUUAUUUACCGUCAUGUGUUAGUAUUGUUACAACUAGUGCUGCGGUUGUCGCUGCUGCUGGUGCUGCUGUUAUGCAUAAUAAUAAUGUUAUAAAAUCUAAAAAAGGCAAACCUGUUGAACAUGUUGAUGGAUUUUCACAAGAGUCAUCUGAUGAAGAAGCAGACGUUAAAAAUGUUUGUCCAGUGAUAAGUAAUAGUGGUGAAGUAUCCAUAGUUUCUUCGAAAUGUACUAUUACUACCAGCACUUCUACUUCUGCUGUUCUGGAACUUCCAACACCGACGACAACAACAAUAAUAACAACCACAACAUCCAUGUCAUCGACAAGUGAUAUGUGCACACAACCAUGCAUUUUAUUACUGCCAUCAUCAUCGGCAGCAGCAUCUUCAUGUUCCACACCAAUCUCGGUUAUUGUUUCUAGUGCUGCUGGCAGUUACAGUACAGCUGUUCAAUCUACUUUUGACAAAUCUACAGAUCUUACAAUUUCAAGGUUAUCUAAACCUUCUAGUGGAAUAAAGAUGACGACAUCCUCCUCCUCAUCUUCUUCUUCCUCAAUUUCAUUGGUUCCGACAACUACAGUGAAUGCUGGCAGUAGUAGUUGUUGGAGUGCUAAUAAACUUAACAAUAAUACGAUUAAUAGUACUAGUGAUAAUAGUAAUAAUAAUAAUGCAUCGGUGAAACGUUUAAAUGAUGAAUUGGAUUUAGCUGUUGUCAAUAAAACUCAGAGGAAGACAACAACAACAAAAAAUAGUUCAGUUGUUCGUCCCGUGUCGUUAUCCACACCAUCUAUUUGUAUGACUACAACUGAUAUCGUUGCUCCUUCCAUUGCUGCUGCUGCUACUACUACUUCAACUACAAUGGCGACAAAGAUGGUGAUGACGUCGACGACAACUACUUCUACUGCUGUAUUCCUGCCAACCAGUAAUAUAACUAUAUUGUCUCGAAAUCAUUCAUCGAACAAUCUGCCAUUUCAACUGUCAAAUCACAGCAAUCAAAAUGGUAUUUCAACUGCAGGUGGUGAUCGUCCGAAAGAUCCAGGAGUAAAUUCUGUUGUGAACGAUGAAUCAUCAACGCCCUUUACUACUAAUACUGCAGUUAAACCUGGUCUUGCAUUGAGUGCUAACGAAACUCUUUAUCAUCCAACUUGGUUAUAUCCACGUUUUCCUGUUCGAGCUGAUUCUGUAAAUACUUUAACCUGCAGUAGCAGUAAUAGUAGUAAUAAUAAUAAUAAUAAAAAUAGUAGUUGUAAUUCUGGUCCUACUCAACAACGUGUUUAUCCUACUCGUGGUUAUUCUCCGAUGAUUUUUAAUAGUACAACUGGUAGUCUACCUCGAGGAGGAUAUAUUCAACCACAGAUUGCUAAUACAUUUUAUUAUGCUCAACCAUCAGGAUUGACUUUAAUCCCUACACCACCACCGGUAUCCGGGAGUCAUUCAUCAUUUAUCACUUCUGUUCAUAAUAAUAAUAAUAAUCCUAAUGUUAUGCAUUUUCAACAUCCACCGCCUAUAUACGGUUUUAUUCCUAACUUACCGACAACAUCAGGUGUAUCCUUAUUAGAUAUUGGCGGAUAUAUUGGGGUGACUCCGGUUUCUUCUGUUUCUUCUAUGGCCAUGUCUAAUUCUCCUAAAUCUAAUAUUUGUGCUGUAACCCAGGUUUGUGGUACACUGAUGAUUGAUCCUAUGUCAACAACAGCAGGGACGUCAACAACGACGACAACAGCAACUUUAUUGCCGAAUGGUUUAUUUCAAUUACAAAGUGUUCCACUAGUACCAAACUUUAUAUUACAUCCACCUGUACAUCCAAAUUUUCCACCUCCAGUGCCUAAUUUAACUAAUGGUAACAAUAAUAGUAAUAAUAAUAAUAUCCCAGAUAUAAUGAAUAUCUCUUCACGGUCAAAUUUGAAUGGACCUAGAAUGCUAAGCUGUUAUAAUUGUGGUCAACUUGGUCAUAAGGCUAAUACUUGUCCAUCAAGAUGGUCUAGUCAACCACUAAUUGAGAAUGUGUUCUCGCUGAACUUUGCUCCAAGGAAAUAAACAGUUCUCUGUCUCUCCCUCGCACACACGCACCUUUCCAACUGUAGUCAGAUAAACAAUAACAAAAAAAACAAAAAUCUUGUUGUUUCUCUAAAUUUCCUCCCCCACUCUUAGUUUUAUCAAAGGAGAACAGUAGACGUUAUUUCAUGUUUGUCGACAAAAAAAUUAUUCAGAAAAGAAAACACAAAGACACUGACAAAGAUUUUCGCCUUGAUGCCUUUUGUCAUUGUCUUUUUCCAUUGAUUUCCCCUUUUUACUUAUUGCUCAAAAUUGUUGUACAGCAAGCUUAAUGGUGUAUUUGUGUGAGCGCGUGCAAACAUGGAGGGUUGGGAUCGUCCUCUACUUUGUCACUCACCUCCUCUGCCUUUCCGUGAGUGUGUCGGGCUUGCUUUAUGUAUCCAUGCCUGUGGUAUAACGCUCGAUUAUACUAUAAAUAUCUUCGUGCAUAUAUUAUUUUGCAAUGAAUAAUUGUUAAAACAAAAGUCUGUCAGUCACCACAAUUAUCAUCAUCUUAUUGACAGAGAGAGCAAGAGGGGUGGGUGAGAGAACAAUCAAAGCUUAAAUUAAAACUUCAUCCCCAUUUUAUGUAGAUUAAAGUGUUAUAUAUUAGACAUUCUGUCGUACAUCUUACACUCUUAUAUAUACAUAUAUGUACACUCAUAUUUUUCGCUUUUAAUUUCUAUCCUGUAAAUAUUCUGUAUGCCUUGUUUGUUUAAACCAAUCAAAAACACGCUUCUCUUGUAUUAUAUAAUGAUUGUUGUAAAGUGGUUGUGCACACCCUGUUUGUACCUUGCCACACACACACAAGCACGGACUUACACCGAUUAUUCGUGUUACUACUACUCGUGUGUUAGUAGUAAUAGUAGUAGUGGAAUGUAGGAUCUUACCUUGAAAUUUGGCCCAUCUUCUUGUAAGAAUAUAAAUACGUAACACGAAAUCUCAUCAUCCUUACUUACACAUAUUUGUGAUGUGUGCAAAAAACAAAGACGGUAAAAAAGAAUAAUAAUAAUAACAUCUAAGACUACCUCUCCCCAUGCCUAUGACGUAACAUAAAUGAAUGACGUAAAUACUACUCGUAUUUAUUGUUCUGUGUUGUUGACCGACCGAUCGAUGAACCGAACCGACCCAACGACGGAUUCUUUUUUUCGUCUUUCUGUGCUGGUACCAUUAUCUGAUUCAUACAAAUGACACACACAUGCAUACACCAGACACUGGCGUGAUCAUGUCUCUCGUUGAAGUGAUCCUUCAUUUUCUAAUUUUUGAUCUCAGUGCUUUUAAUUUUAUGUAUUACAUCAAUAUGAAAAAUCUUGAUUUUUGCGAAGACAUAUAACAUUUGACAAAUCAAGGGAAAAAAGCAUAUAUGUGUGCAGAACAAUUACUCUCUUGCCCAUACACAUACACACACACACACGGACAAACAAACACUCUCCCAUCCCCUCUCUGCAUGUACGUGUGUGUGUGUGCUGUGCCCGUGUCGUUUAUUCUUCAUGGUUACUUAUGUAAUUAAUUAGUCACCUGUGUAUUCAUUCAAUAUUGAUAUUUGUAAUCCCCAAAUUCCCGAUCUAUGUGCUUUUACUGUGGUGUGGCAUUUCAACAUACAGAAAAUUCUUAUCCUUUUUUUGAUAUUCUCAUUUGAGAUGAUUGAUCGACACGCUACUUUGGUUGUGUGUAUUUGUGUGCAUUUUAAGAAAAACAACACAACAAACUCUAUUACCUUGUUUUCUACUUUGUUCUCUUUUCUUUUCCAUUCAUUCAUCAUCUGCAUAGAGACUGUCAUAUACAAAACUGUGUGUGUUGUAAUAAUGCCUAAUCUCUCUCGUCUACAUCUCUAAGAAACCGUGUAAAACUGUGGUGUUUUAAGCGCUUGUAUUAUGAUGUUUUUUCAAAAUGAGUGUACUACCGCUGAUUAUUAGUAUUAUCGUCAGGCAUCAUCAAUGAUGAUAACGAUGAGUGGUUGUUAUCCAUCCUCCGCCAAUUCCAUCACUCACAUCAAAUGAUAGUUUAUCUCUUUUUCUCCCUGUGUGUGUAUGUGUGCGAAUGCAUAUCUAAUGCUGUGGAUGUGUGUGUGUUUGUGUUUAAUGGUUGGACCAACGACACUUUAAGGACCCUAAAGUGUCGAGAUAGAGAGAAAGAUGUGUGUGUGUGUAUGAAGAAGUUUCUUUGAAUUCUGUAUCUGUUUUCACCCACCACCACCUAUCCACACAUUCACGCACACACAAAACAGAGACAAAACUUACCUGUGUUGUUGUAUUUAUAUUGACGUAAUAACAACAAUAAUAAUUAUUAUUGUUAUGAGUACUAGUAGUUUUAGUAUUAGUAGUAUAUUUCAGUUGUCCUCUAUCUGCUUCCCUUAUUAUUAUCAUUAUUAUUAUUAUUGUUCAUAGGUGAUACAAACAUACAUACCUAUACAGACAUAUGUGUUAUACCAUAUGUGUAUAUCUGACAAUGCCUAUUUUUUAAAUAGAAAAGAAGAACAAACAAACUUAUUAUAAUAAAAAUUAUCAAAAAAUUACACCAUUGGUUGUUGCUUUUUUAUAUUUCUUAUUGAUUGUUUCAACGAUUGUGACGGUCCAUUCUUUGUUGUUGACAUGUGACCGUCUCUCUCUCUCCCCCCUCAUGUGUUGUUCGAUGAUGAAGCUGUGAAUUAGUGUGCUGAUUUGAGUGUUAGAACCUCAUUGGUUCAUUGUAACUUUUCAUUCCUUGUAUAUGUUGGGGUGUCAGUGUUCGUGUGUGUGUGUGUGUGUCGUUCGAACUUCUUUCCCGGAAUGGGAGGCUCUAUAUGUGUGGGUGGCUCUGAUGAAUAUUUCCCAGUUGCCUUGGCUGAAACAGGUCAAGCUGGGUUCGAGCCAAACAUCCACUGAUUGAUAGGGGGAUUGCUUUAAGCCGGUUACUCACAUCUUAGCUAGAGUCCUCGAAAAGACUCGAACUUGAGGUGUUGGAUCCAGAGUCGACAGUG